GGCAAACGGCGUACACACUAAUGGUGCUCAGAAGCAAGACCGAUCCAAUUUGAUCCCUUUUUCUUCCAGACUGAAGGAGGGCCGUGCUCUGGCACAAGAUGUCUGGUCCAUAUUUGCUGCUGCGAAUCUGCCAGCAGAGUGCAUCAAUCUAGGACAAGGCUACAUGAACUUCGCACCUCCUAAAUGGGUCACAAAGGCAGCUGAAGAUGCUCUUCAGGAUGUCGCUCCGAACCAUUACUCCCACCCCAGAGGUCGCAUCCGCCUCAGGGAAGCUCUCAAGAACUUCUAUAGUCCACUUCUCAAUAGAGAUCUCGACGUCGAGUCUGAAAUCCUUGUCACCAGUGGAGCAAACGAAGGUCAAUAUUCGGUCUUCACUGCCUUCCUAGAGCAAGGCGAUGAAGUCAUUAUGUUCGAGCCGUUCUUCGAUCAAUAUUUACCUUCAGUCACAUUCAACGGCGGAAAGCCUGUCUAUGUUCCCCUCCAUCCCCCUACGUCGUCCAAGCUUCAGAGCUCCAGCGGCGAAUGGACAAUCGACUUCGAUGAAUUGAAGAGAGCUGUCACACCUCGCACGAAGAUGAUUAUUGUGAACACCCCACACAACCCAGUUGGGAAAGUCUUCACGAAGGAAGAGUUGGAAGAAAUUGCCGCUAUCGCGGAGGAAAACAACCUCCUCGUCAUGUCGGAUGAAGUGUACGACAGCCUCGUCUUUGAUGGCAAAGAACACUUCCGCAUUGCCACUCUCCCCGGAAUGUGGGAUCGAACUGUGACAGUAGGCUCUGCAGGCAAGGCUUUCGCCGCUACUGGCUGGAGAAUCGGCUGGCUUCUCGGUCCCCCGUCCAUCAUUCAACCCACACUUGCCGCUACCACUCGCAUUGUGUUCUGCACAAACUCCCCCUUGCAGGAGGCUGCCGCCUGCGGCUUGGAACAAGCCCAGGAACGAAAGUUCUUUGAGACACAAUUGGCGGAAUAUGCUGAACGACGUGCGAUCUUAUGUGAUGCCUUUGACAGACUGGGCUUGAAGUACAGUCUCCCUGAAGGCAGUUAUUUCGUCCUUUUGGACAUCUCGAAGGUAAAGUUCCCAGAGGACUAUCCUUUCCCAAAGUCUGUCCUUGGGCGUGGCCGCGACUUCAGGGCUUGCUGGUUCAUCGCCGUGGAGAUUGGUGUCUCCUCCAUCCCUGUUAGCGAGUUCUACUGUGAAGAGCACGCCCGCAUCGGUGAAGCCUACGCUCGCUUCGCUUUCUGCAAGGACAUCGACACCUUGAAGGCAGCAGCUGACAAGUUGCAAAAAUUGAAGGCUUACAUUGAGAACUAAUCUUUACGCAUCUACCGACUUUCUAUCUGCGUGCUUUGCGGCUCCGGUUGUGUUUCGUCCAGGACGCUAUCGACAAUGCGUGAUAGAUGCUCGUCUCCCGAACCCCCCUCGAACCCAUAGAAUGUUGGAUUGCUAGAUAGCCUCCGCGAUAGGAAUGUAAAGGAUAAGAUAUCGAAUAGAUCUUGCUUGCUCACAA